UGGGAGCUCUGGUCUCUCCUUCCUGGUCCUGCUGGGCAGGGACCGUCCGUGUGGCUGUGGGAGGGCCCUGUGCCCAGGUGCCCCCGGCCUGACCCCAUGGCUCUGGUCACAGUGAGCCGCUCGCCCCCGGCCAGCGGCUGCUCCACGCCUGUGGGACCCACGCAGGACCAGGCCUCCAAGCGGAGAAGCAGGCUCCAGCGAAGGCAGAGCUUUGCAGUGCUCCAUGGGGCUGUCCUGGGACUGCAGGACGGAGGGGACAGUGGAGAUACAGCUGAGCCCAGCCCUGAGCCAGCAGAGGAACCCUCGGGUGAAGAGCAGCUCCACGGGGACCAGACAGACAACGGGCUUGGGCCCCAGAGUGCCCAGAAGCAGGAGCAGAGCCAGCACCUCCACCUCAUGGUGGAGCUGCUGAGGCCUCAGGACGACAUCCGCCUGGCAGCCCAGCUGGAGGCAGCACGGCCUCCUCGGCUCCGCUACCUGCUGGUAGUUUCCACAAGAGACCGUGUGAGCCAGGAUGAGACAGUCCUCCUGGGGGUGGACUUCCCUGAUAGCAGCUCCCCCAGCUGCACCCUGGGCCUGGUCUUGCCUCUUUGGAGUGAUACCCAGGUGUACCUAGAUGGAGAUGGGGGCUUCAGUGUGACGUCUGGUGGGCAGAACUGCAUCUUUAAGCCGAUUUCCAUCCAGACCAUGUGGGCUACACUCCAGGUAUUGCACCAGGCAUGUGAGGCGGCUCUAGGCAGUGGUCUUGUGCCAGGGGGCAGUGCCCUCACUUGGGCCAGCUACUAUCAAGACAGACUGAGCUCUGACCAGAGCUGUCUCAACGAGUGGAUGGCCAUGGCCGACCUGGAGUCUCUGCGGCCUCCCAGUGCUGAGCCUGGCCGGUCCUCGGAACAGGAGCAGAUGGAGCAGGCUAUCCAGGCCGAGCUGUGGAAGGUAUUGGACACCAGCGACCUGGAGAGCAUCACUUCCAAAGAGAUCCGCCAGGCCCUGGAGCUGCGCCUGGGCUGCCCUCUCCAACAGUACCGUGACUUCAUCGAUAACCAGAUGCUGCUGCUCAUGGCUCAGCGAGACCGGGCCUCCCGCAUCUUCCCCCACCUCUACCUGGGCUCAGAGUGGAAUGCAGCGAACCUGGAGGAGCUGCAGAGAAACAGGGUCAGCCACAUCUUGAACAUGGCCAGGGAGAUCGACAACUUCUACCCCGAGCGCUUCACCUACCACAACGUGCGCCUCUGGGAUGAGGAGUCCGCCCAGCUGCUGCCUCACUGGAAGGAGACGCACCGCUUUGUGGAGGCCGCAAGAGCGCAGGGCACCCGAGUGCUAGUCCACUGCAAGAUGGGCGUCAGCCGCUCAGCGGCCACGGUGGUAGCUUACGCCAUGAAGCAGUACGGCUGGAGCCUGGAGCAGGCUCUGCGCCACGUGCAGGAGCUCCGGCCCAUCGCCCGCCCCAACCCAGGCUUCCUGCGCCAGCUGCAGACCUACCAGGGCAUCCUAACUGCCAGCCGGCAGAGCCAUGUCUGGGAGCAGAAAGUGGUUGGGGCCUCCCCAGAGGAGUCCCUGGCCCCCGAGGUCUCUACACCGUUCCCACCUCUUCCACCAGAACCCGGGGGCAGUGGGGAGGUGAUGGCUAUGGGGUUGGAGGAGAGCCAGGCAUCCCCAAAAGAAGAGCCUGGGCCAAGACCCCGCAUCAACCUCCGCGGGGUCAUGAGGUCCAUCAGCCUCCUGGAGCCCCCCUCAGAGCUGGAAAGCGCCUCAGGAGCUGGUGACCUGCCAGAGGUUUUCUCUUCAAACGAAUCUUCAGAUGAAGACCCUCCACAGCCCUACCCUCAGGUCUCAAAGGCCAAGGAAGGCCGGCGGGUCCGCAAGGGGCCUUGGCCUGCCCUGAAGUCACGCCAGUCUGUGGUUGCCCUCAAUAGCGCCGCCCUGGUGGCCAGCCGGACUCGGGCCUUCCAGGAGCAGGAGCAGGAGCAGGAGCAGAGGGAGGCUGGCUAUUCCUCCACACCCAGGCUCAGGAAGGUGGUGAGGCAGGCCAGCGUGGAUGGCAGUGGGGAGGAGGGUGAGGCCUGAGUCCUCACACAUCCCUUAGACACAAAUAGAACACAGCUCCUGGGAUGAGCACCCCUCACUCCUGUCAGCCUGUCCACACUCCUCUUAGCUCCUCCCCAGGAGGCUCCAGGCCUCCAUCACUACAGCCUCAGCUCCUACAGCCUUAAGUCUCAGAUCCAUGUCCACCUGUCCAAGGGCUCAAGACUUUCUCUGUAAUUGGGGAUAUGGUAGAGAGACUGAAGGUGUUUUGGGGGGCAUUCUUAACCAAUGCCUGAAACACUUGCAGCCAUGGAAUAAAACAGAGUUUCCCAGUGCUCCCUCCCUCACCAUUCCUGCCUGCCUUAUCCCUACCCCACUUUCUUUCCUGGGGCCCUCUAGGCCAGAGAACCAGUGAUCCCCAAAGGUCUAGAAUAACCUCAGCCCUCAGUCCUCAGUCCCUAGUCCUGGGAGGCUCUGAAGAGCAGAGAGCUGGGCCCUCUGAUGGGGCUGGCAGGUUGGCCUCCCUCACAUACCCUACAGCCAGCUGGAGUCUUUUUGCUGGAGUCUCCCCCCACUUCUCUCCAUGGCAAGGCCCUGGGACACUGGGUACCAGGCCAAAGAGAGUUUUCUUUUUGUCUUUCACAGCCUCUGGCCAGUUUUUCAUAGUCUUAACAGUAUCUGGCUUUGUACUUAGAAAUAAAAAAUUUUCAUAUUA